UUGCAGUUGCCACGGAUAAGGGCUUGAUGACUCCAAUAAUAAAAAACGCUGAUCAGAAGACUAUCUCUGCUAUCUCCUCAGAGGUCAAGGAACUAGCUGCAAAGGCACGUGAUGGCAAGUUGAAGCCACAGGAAUUCCAAGGGGGGACGUUUAGCAUUUCAAACUUAGGAAUGUUUCCGGUGGAUAAAUUUUGUGCAAUUAUAAAUCCCCCUCAGGCCUGCAUUCUUGCUGUUGGGAGAGGCAACAAAGUUGUGGAACCAGUACUUGGAGAUGAUGGAGUUGAGAAGCCAUCGGUUGCCACUAAGUUGAACUUAACGUUGUCUGCUGAUCAUCGUGUUUUUGAUGGCAAGGUUGGAGGUGCAUUUCUCUCUGCGUUGCAAUCAAACUUCAGUGAUAUAAGACGACUUCUUUUAUAAUGACGCAAACCAAUUUUCAUGUUACUUAUUGAACUUACUACCAAUGAUGUGGAUUCACCACAACCUGGUUCAAACUAUCAUACCAUCUCCAUUUUUGUCCUUUUCUCAUUUAUUCCUUCAUCUGAAACAGUUUUGGAUUGUUGCGCCUCAUUAGUUUUUGUAUAAUAAUAUCUGGGGUCUAAUUAAUACCCUGAGAAACGACCCACCAAGGUAUCAUCUAACAUUAGGUUUCCAACAAUCGAGAUUCAUGACGUUGGAUAUUUUGCUCAUUAGGCACUUUGCUGCUCUUUUAUGUGAAAUUUUGUAUGAAGAUCUCUGUAUAGACAGUCAUUUGGAUGAAUAAAUAUUCUUUUCGUGUGCUGCAUCUGUCAUCCGACUUAAGUGAUGGCAUGAUUUGGCACAAUGGCACACUGCUGAUUCCUCCUCAGCCUUUUUCAUCUUUGUGCCAGGAUUUGGCCUAGUGGUUGGUUCAAUAAUGGGAAAUUCGGCUAAAUCUCCCCGUCUAACUUAAUAUUUGUAUUAUAUAUGUUGAUGAUUGUGGUUAUGCAAUUUAAGGUAACACCUUAAGUUUUAUCGUUGAA